UCACCACCGGAAGAAGGUCAUUGGCACUACAUUCAAGAUGGCGGCCCCCAUGUGUCAGUGUUAUAAGCUAUGUGUAAGAAGAGGCUUAGUAGCAUUCCCCUCCUACCUGCUACUUCACAACAGACACAACGUCUUCAGGAUAUGUGGAUCUCUCACAAGCCCUUUCCAGGUGCCUCAGUCACCCUUUUUGCAAAGAAGGUAUUUGUCGGGUGAGAGAGGAGGUGGCAGAAAAGGUUUCCUGGGGGAGUUUUUGGACAACAUAAAGCAGGAACUAAAUAAAAACAAGGAAAUGAAAGAAAACAUCAAGAAGUUUCGGGAAGAGGCCAAAAAACUUGAGGAGUCGGACGCACUGAAACAAGCUCGAAGAAAAUAUAAAACCAUAGAGUCUGAAACAGUGAAGACAUCUGAAGUACUUAAAAAGAAGUUGGGGAACCUCUCAGAGACAGUUAAAGAGGGGCUCGAGGAGGUCACUCGAACAGAAAUUGGAAAGAAAAUCAAAGAGGGAGUGGAAGAGGCUGCUAAAACAGCGAAGAGCUCAGCAGAGACAGUCUCCAAAAGUGGGGAGAUGUUGGGGAAGACAAGUGCAUUCAAAGCAAUAUCACAGGGCAUGGAGAGUGUUAAGAAAGAGAUCGGUGACCUCGGCCACACAGGUCCAUAUCGACCUCCUGCCAGGCUCAGGAAGAGGACCGAGUUUUCUUCUAAGGCUUCAGGGGAUGGUAGCAAGGUGUUCGAAGCCAACGAGGAAGCUAUGGGUGUAGUGCUCCAUAAGGACUCAAAGUGGUACCAGCAGUGGAAAGACUUUAAAGACAACAACAUGGUUUUCAACAGGUUCUUCGAAAUGAAGAUGAAGUAUGAUGAGAGUGAUAAUGCCUUCAUCAGAGCAUCUCGCGCUGUCACAGAUAAAAUGACUGACCUCAUAGGUGGGCUGUUUUCUAAGACUGAGAUGUCUGAGGUACUAACAGAGAUUUUGAAGGUGGACCCAUCCUUUGACAAAGAUUCUUUCUUGAAGCAAUGUGAAAGGGAUAUUAUUCCCAAUAUACUGGAGGCCAUGAUUAGAGGAGAGCUAGAGGUUCUGAAGGACUGGUGUUAUGAAGCGACGUACAGCCAGCUGGCCCACCCUAUCCAACAAGCCAAGGCCAUGGGACUUCAGUUCCACUCCAAGAUCCUGGACAUUGACAAUAUUGAUCUGGCCAUGGGGAAGAUGAUGGACCAGGGGCCUGUACUGAUAAUCACCUUCCAGGCUCAGUUAGUCAUGGUUAUCCGAAACACCAAAGGAGACGUGAUAGAAGGAGAUCCUGACAAAGUGCUCAGGAUGAUGUAUGUGUGGGCUCUAUGUCGAGACCAGGAGGAGCUCAACCCUCACGCUGCCUGGAGACUACUAGACAUAUCUGCGUCUAGCACAGAACAGAUCCUGUAAAACUGUUAAGAAGCACACAAAACAGAAGUUGCCCAGGGAGAGAACAAACUGUACCUGAACAGUUGAGCUGAAUGAGAGUGAAUCUAGACCCGGUGGUGUGUGGAGCAGAGGGACUUCAUCAACACUGUGGAGUAGUGCUGCUUCACAGCCUCUUUUCUAUUCUACAACAUUGGUUUUGGUUUAAGUCACCUCAGUUCUCUGUUUUUUGGUUGUUUUUUUUACAUGCCUCACAGUACGUCCUGGAGUUUUCUUGAUGCUAGGGGGCAGUAGAGCACUAAAAACUACCAUCCACUGUACUUUGUGCAGUGCCUGUAGGGGUGUGCAUUCAUUAAUUUUGUCUGUUGCAGUGUAGCUACUGUUGACAUUUAAGGGACAAAAUGAAGUUCUCUAAUAUUGGAUCUAAAUCCUCAAUAUUAUGGAGAUGACUUUAAAAUCAUGCACCUACAUUUGUACCUGAGCUUUUACAACUCCAGGCUGACAUCUGUGUCUUUAAAAUCAGAUCUGUUUUCUGCAGCCCUCCUCAGUCACACCCUCAUUCCUUUCCUUUGUGUUUCUGGGUUUCAUUUUGGGAGUAACUGGUGGUACUGUGACCCAUCAGUGUUCCUCUAGACUCUGGUUUGUAUGAUAAUUGUACGAUGUAAUUGUUUCGCUGUAAGAAAGUCUAUAUUUAUUGCGCAAAAUAAAGAUGACCCUUGUUUUUCACUCUAAC